UAUUAAAAUGGUUUAUAGAAUUAAGCUUUGAAGAUCAGUUGCGUAAUUUGUUACAAAAUCGUAACAUACAAGAGAGUCUCAAUCAUACAUUUAAUCGUGAAGAAAAAGAUUCGGAAAAUCUUCAAGAUAUUUACGAUGGUCGAGGAUAUAAAAAACUUAAAGAUGUAUUAGGAACCAACAAGUGGAAUAUAACGUACACUUUUUCUACGGAUGGAUGCCAAUCGGCCAAUGCCAGUAACGUUUCAAUUUGACCCAUUUAUGUAAUGAUAAACGAGUUGCCUCCGCGAUUACGUUCGAAAAAUAUGCUUCUGGUCGGUCUAUGGGCAUAUAAUACGGAGCCGAACAUGAAUAUUUUUUUGAAACCGUUUGUUGAGCAAGCGAAUCGUUUAUCUACCGACGGACUCACGUGGCAAUUGGACGAACAUACGCAGAUAACAAGUAGAGCGUUUCCUACGAUUUGUUGUACAGAUUCAGUUGCGCAAUGUGCUGUUUUGAAUAUGAAGCAGUUCAAUGGCUAUUAUGGAUGCACAUUUUGCGAACAUCCAACGGAAGCAGUGGAUGGGAGAAGAAAAUAUGUAAUUUCUGAAAGUGUCCCAGAACAUCGAAGUGAUGAGUCAAUCAGAAUAGCCAUGGUUGAAGCCCACAAUCGAAACAAUGGAAAAGAUGUGAAAGGCGUACGGGGACCAUCUGUUCUGAUGAAUUUGUUCUAUUUUAAUUUAAUAGAUGGUAUGAUACCCGAUUACAUGCAUUCGGUUCUGCUUGGAAGUUUUAGACAACAUACCGAAUUAUUACUAUCAAGUCCAAAUGAAGAUUUCUAUAUCGGAAGACCAGAUAUAUUAUCAUUAAUUGAUGAGCGGUUGAUUAACAUACAAACACCUAAAUGGAUUACAAGAGCACCGAGGAGUCUAACCGUACGACGACUUUGGAAAGGAUCAGAAUGGCGCUCAUGGACUGUUUUAUUCAUUGCCAUGCCUAAAAGGAAUACUACCACGCAAAUACUUAAAACAUUUUGCAUUAUUAGUAAUCGCCAUAAAUAUAUUUUUGCAAAGUACGAUCACUCCUGACAUGGUGGAUUAUGCCGAAAUACUUCUUGUUCGGUAUGUGGUAGAAUUUCAACGCAUCUACGGAAAACAGAAUAUGACGUACA